UUCAAGUCAAAAACACUGAGCAGGAGGAGGAGGAGAAAGAAACUACAACAGAAGUGAGCGUGAAGCGCAGUGAGUGUGUGCUGCCACUCGGCAAAGCAGCGUGCGUCUGACUUGAGCCGCGUCCUUCUCACAGCUCACUGAGUCAAACUCUGAGAUUGUUCUCAGCGACAAGUUUGAAACUUUUAUUUCUUAGCCGAUUGAUUUCUUGUUACAAUGUAAUUAAUAUUCCGGCGUGAGACCAUGGAUGAAAAGCUUUAAAAAAAAAAAAAAAAAAAACCGUUGGUCAGGUUUGUUACUGUGCGUGUGUAGGAACUCGGUGUAAUGAGGCGAGUCGGUUCCCCGCCGCUUGACUCGGUGUCGGAUCUGUGGCUCGUCUCUCCGCGCUUUGCGUUUUGACUGCGCGUUUUCGCCUCGUUUUGGGAUGUCUCCGGGGUCAGUCGGAGUCAUCCUGUUCGUCUGGGCUUCAGUGCUCAGUGCGGGUUUGUGCUCCGAGCUGAAAGUGCGGGUUCGACUCGCUGAUGGUCGGAUCACUGAGGAGCUGCUGGAGGCGGACAGUGAGAGAGACUCCAUCACACUGGAGUACAGGCAGGCUGACGGCACUCUCAUCACUUUCGUGGCAGACUUUAAACAGGAUGUGAAGAUCUUCCGAGCCUUGAUUCUUGGAGAGCUGGAAAGAGGGCAGAGCCAGUACCAGGCACUGUGCUUCAUCACACGCCUCAGCCACAAUGAGAUCAUCUCCAGCGAGUCCAUGGCCAGACUCCGGCAGAAAAACCCCCACACUAUAAGGACAGCGGAGGAGAAGAGGCCGCCAGAGACGUACAGCAUGAACAUAGCAGUUAACCUAACCCUGGCAUGGCAGCUCAGCGCCCUCGUCUACAACACGUGCAGCGUGGCGCGCGACGCCGUGUACACGCGUGAGGCUGACAUGCGCCACUGGCUGGCCACAGGUAUGGAGGGUUCCAUGUUCGAGACCCUGCCGCAGGCUUCGGAGGCUCCCGGGCUUCAGAGCUGCCGCUUAGUGAAGGAUCUCUGGCAGCCCUGUUCCUGUAGCUACAGCGUAAGGCUCGAGUGGUACCCGUGCCUGCUCAAGUACUGUCGGAACAAGGACUCUUUGGGCCACAGCGCCCCCUACAAGUGCGGCAUCAAGAGCUGCAGCAAAGGCUACGACUUUACAUACUACACGCCUCAUAAACAGCUCUGUUUGUGGGAGGAGGAGACUUAGCGUUAGCGAUGCAUGCUCAGUUUCACUCGGCAUCGCUUUUUUUUUUUCUUAUUUGAGAGGGAUGACUUUUUGUUCGAGCCCUGAGCCAUAUGAUUUUGACUCUCUAUUCGUGAGAGAAGGUGUGACAUGAUCUCACACAGAGUCAAGCACCUGGGCCUCAAGAUAAGAUGAGGAACAGCUUCAUCUGCAUGAAGGCCUUCUGGGUUUCCGUGCGGCAGGCCACAGCGAUGACAUCUUUUUUGUGUGUGUGUGUGUUAAAUCUUUUCACUAUGAUUAGUGGAGGUGGAACGAGUCUACAGAACUUGCAGAUUCACUUCCUGUAGACCAAGCAACUGUGAAUCAGUCGAUAGUCUAACAAGCUAUAAUCUGGUAAUUACCUAAAUCAUGUUCAGUCCGGUUUUUAUGCUUUUUUUUUUUUUCUUCUGGUCACCAUGUGUUCUAAUUUAUUGUUCGUUGUGGGAAAUUAUCGUAAAAGAUUUAUGCACAUGUUCAGAAAGAAAUGUUUGUCACGGAUUUUAUUUUAAUUUUUUUAGGAUUUUGUUGCCCUGAGGUAUCACAGUAUGAGUGUUAAUGAGGAAUGGAAUGCGAUCAUCUUUGAACACUGUCUCACUAUUAGCUUGUAACCAAUCAUUCCACUGUGUUAAAGUUCUGCUUAUUUAAAGGGAAGAUCCACCCUGAACAACUUACCAGAUCAUUUGUAUAAUCUUCCAAGGUGUUUCUGAUGAAUUUCUUUAUGCCUAAGUAAGGAGAGCGAUGCAGCAGCACUUUAAAUUUUUUAGUAUGCCUCACAUCUUCCUACAUUUCAGGUUUGGAGGCUUCAAAUGUAAUUCUAACAUCAUCGCUCUCUCCACUGUGCUGAUCAUCUCAUAGAUUGUUAACUAGCUAAGCCAAGUCUUUACUAUAGCUUGGUAUAAGUGUCAUAUACAGUAUAUCUGUGUAACUUUUAAGUUCAGCAUUUGCUGUCUCCGCAUUGCUAGGUUUUUAGUAAUUUGUUAGGGAAAAGGCGUAACAGCAAAACAUGAACAUCUGAUGUCCAUUUAUGUCCACGAUGAGUCAAAAAUGAUCUGCACACCAGUUGUGUUAAAACUUCUGUUGGCCACAUAGUUCAGGGCUACUGUCCCCCAGUCACAGCUGUGCAGAUGUGAAACUGUUACAUUGGUUCAUUGGUAACUGCGGUGCGAGCAAAAAUUUAUGUCCCACGUGUGAUUUCUGUAAAAGUACAGCGGAUGCAGUGAUUAUUUUUUGUGGUCUCGGGGUGUACCUGUUGCCGACAACUCACAGAAGAGCAGAAAGAAAAGCAUUUGGAUAUCUCCAAACAAAAUGUGAACUCUAAGGAAGGUUUCUUAAAGAGAAUCAUUACUGGUGACGUGACAUGGAUUUAUCACUAUGAGUCUGAGCGGAAACGACAAACGGACACACGACAUCGGACGAACGACAUGGGACGGAAACAUUCUCAGUUGCUAAGAAAAUAACUAAGAAAAAGUUAAAAAGUCAACCAUCAGCUGUAAAAUUGAUGCCUACAGUUUUCUGGGAUUCUCAAGGGCCAGUAUUGGAACAUUAUCAGGAAAAAGGUUCACAGUUAACAGCGCUCGUUACAGUGAGAUGCUUGUUAAAGAGAUAAAGCUUAAACUUUGGAUUAAUCGCAGAGGACUGCUAUCCAAGGAGUGAUCUUGGAUGACAAUGUGCGUCCGCAUACUUCUGCCUACACUGUCGACACUCUGUUCUGAGGUGUUAAAAGUAUCCCCCCCUAUAGUCCUGAUCUCACUCUAUUAGAUUUUUAUCGGUUUGAUCUCCUCAAAGCAGCCCUAUGAGGGUGAAGAUUCACUUUUGAUGAAAAGGUGAAGACAGUGGUGCAUUCGGACUAAAAAAAAUUUAAUGAGGGAACAUUAAAAACAAUAUUUUUCAACAAUUAAAUUUUUUUUCCUUUGGCUUACCCUACGUACAACACUAAACCCAUAUUAGAUAUUAUGUAUGUUCUAGAUCAAUUAUAGUAUUUCUGAAAUAUAAACCUAUUUCAGGGUGGAGCUUUCCUUUAACAACCAAAUCACUGUUUCAUGUCUCUGGGCCUCUAUGAUCAGGUUGUUGGGACCACACAUCAUUAGUAUUUUUUUGUUUGUUGUUUUUUUUUUUACACACAUUUGAAUAGAUAGAGAAUUUUGCCCUGUUACUAUGCAUUUCACAGCCAUGUUAUUGCAAGCAAGCACAAAAAAAAAAAAGAAAGAAAAAAGGUAAACAUGCAUUUCAUGUUUAUGGGAGGAAAAAUAUCCAGGAUUACAGUGACAUUUUACAUUCAACACUGCCAUCUUCUGGUCACAGGCUAUACCAUCUGCUACAUCUUCAACAGGACAUGAGUUCAUCCCCAAAUUACCAGAAGUGUUCUUGAACUAAAAGAAUCAAGCUUGCACAUGUUUGAGAUUUACCGAGCAGGACCAAAAAGUGCUUUUGCCAUAAGAAGGAAUUCUUACUUUCAUUGCAACUUACCUUGUCCAUAGUGAUGUGUUUAUUGUUUACGCUACUAAAACAACUGCUAUAAUAAUCUAUUGGAAAAAAGUAAGGCAGUGAUAAGUGUUCAAUGCCAAAUUGUACCUGCCCAGACUGAAUUUUGGGCUCUUAAAGUGCCUUGAUGUAUCAGUGUUUACUGAUUAUUUUACAGGUAGAAGUUAUAGAAUUGUGUAAAAAAAAUAUUUUUCUACAAAAAUGUUAAAUGACUAUGAAGUUAUAAUUUGAAAUAAAAUCUAUGGUCCAGAAAGCC